AUGGCGGAGAAGUUUGACAACCUGGAGGAACACCUGGAAAAGUUUGUGGAGAACAUCCGACAGCUGGGGAUCAUAGUCAGUGAUUUCCAACCGAGCAGCCAGGCCGGCCUCAACCAGAAGCUGAAUUUUAUGAUUACUGGAUUGGCAGAUGUAGACAAGUGUCGGCAGCAGCUUCAUGACAUCACCGUGCCCUUGGAAGUAUUUGAUUACAUUGACCAAGGUCGUAAUCCCCAGCUGUACACCAAGGAGUGUCUGGAGAGAGCAUUAGCUAAAAAUGAGCAGGUGAAGGGUAAAAUUGAUACAAUGAAGAAAUUCAAAAGCCUUCUAAUCCAAGAGCUCUCCAAAGUGUUUCCAGAAGACAUGGCAAAAUACAAGGCCGUCAGAGGCGAGGAUCAUCCACCAUCUUAA